ACUUUAAAGCCAAAAACAAAAAAUUAAAGGCUCAGAAUGAUGAACUUCGAUGUCAAAUAGAUGAGCUUAAUGAUAAAUUCCAAAUGAUUUCCUUGAAGUAUAAAAGUUUACAAGAAAGUAACGAACUAUUAAUGGAAAUCAAUCAAGAGUUCAGCCACGAAAACGAUCAACUUCAACAUAAAUCAAAACAAGCUAGAAAAUCUAAACGAAAGGUAAGGAGCGGUUUGAAAAGACAUUACACCAGGCUGAAAGGUAAGCGAUAUAAAAGUAUUUUGGAAGGUAAACACUCUAAGAAAUCGAAAGGCAUGCGAUACGAGAAUAGUUCGAGCAGUCUAGAAGAUAGUUCAAAUGAAAGUUCUGAAGCUGAAAGAAGUUUACACAACGAGAGAGAUAAAAAAUGGGCAAAAAAUAUGCCAGGCGCACCUGAGUGGUGCUAUGUGAAGCAAGAAGACUCAGUUUAUAAUAUCAAUAUUGAAGAUGACCGAACACCUAUUAUUUCUGCGCAUGAUGAAGAAAAAAAUGAUGACGAAUAUUUUGAAAUUCAAGACUAA